AUGGAUGAAGUACAACGAUUAGCAGAAGAAUUUGGAGGAAAACAUGUUAAAUUUCGCUCUAUUGGCUUCAAACCUGAAUUUUUUGGUGUUUAUGCUGAUGCUACAAUUACUGAAUGUAUAUUUCUAGACAAUGCUAUACAUCCUGCUCAUCAAACACUUAAUGCAUUUUCAUCAUUUAUUACUAUGGUAUAUUCAUCAGUGCGAGAUGGUUUUUAUAGCGAAAUGCGUCGUAUGAGACGUGCAUCAAAUAGUUUUAGCACGGGUUCGAAUUCAUCGUACGUACGAAAAACUAUAUCAGGCGAUAUAAAUAUUGAAUUGCCACAGAGAUCAGCAAGUCCAGGUAACGAAUCUAGUGAAUCGGAUUUUAGUGCAGUGAUAGUGAUUCCAGCAGAUGAUGAUAACAUAGCGAAAUCACCUUCAAAUGAUCUUUAA